UAGAUUCCCCCCCCACCACCACCACCACUCACCCUCAGACUUUAUUUCCAUCCAUUCUUUUGUCACAAAAUGGAAAAGGAGUGAAGGCUCAUAACAGAUAGAGAAAACCUUUGGAGUUUUAUGGGUGGUAGUCCCCAACAUCUUCUUCAUUCUUCCUCUGUCUCGGCUACUCUUCUUCCUUUUAUUCUUCUUAUUCUUUUGGAUACCAACAAUUUGCACCAUCUUCAAUGUUAGCUUUACUUAAUUUAAGUUCCUUUUUGUCGAUUGUUUCAAUCACAACAUUCCAUUUUAGAUAAAUAAAUAAAACACAAAAACUUGAGAACUGAAACACUCAUUUAACAACAGAAACAGAGAGAUAUAUUCCCCAUGGCUCGGUUCUCCUGUCAUUACCAUUCUUUUAUCACGUUCUUGAGCUUCAUUCUCGUCUUGUUUCUUGAAGGUGUUACGGCUGCCACUUUCACAUUCAUCAACAAAUGCGAUUACACAGUAUGGCCAGGGAUUCUAGCCAAUCCUGGAAGUCCAAAACUGGAAAGUACAGGCUUUGAGCUCACCAAAGGCAGCUCUCGUUCCUUCCAAGCUCCUACUGGCUGGGCAGGUCGUUUCUGGGGCAGAACAGGCUGCAAUUUCGAUGACUCCGGCCACGGUUCUUGCGCCACAGGUGACUGCGGCUCCGGCGAAGUCGAAUGCAAUGGAGCUGGCGCCAUCCCUCCGGCCACCUUAGCCGAGUUUACACUCGGUUCAGGAUCGCAGGACUUCUAUGACGUGAGCCUGGUUGAUGGUUAUAAUUUGCCUAUGAUUGUGGAAGGAAGUGGAGGCUCAGGAGAGUGUGCCAUUACUGGUUGUGUGUCGGAUUUGAAUAAAAAGUGCCCCUCUGAGCUGAGAAUUGAUGGCGGCGGAGCCUGUAAGAGCGCCUGCGACGCCUUCGGGAACCCGGAGUACUGUUGUAGCGGCGCCUUCAAUAGUCCGGCUGCUUGUAAGCCAUCCAUGUAUUCAGAAGUGUUCAAAUCAGCUUGCCCCAAAUCCUAUAGCUAUGCUUUCGAUGAUGCCACCAGCACUUUCACUUGCACUGGUGCUGAUUACUCCAUCACUUUCUGUCCCAAUGUUCCAAGCUUGAAAUCUUCAAAGGAUCCUUCUCCAAAGACAACAGGAACAACAGAUGAAUCAGGGUCGGUCCAAGACCCGAUGCAGGCGGCUGAACUGGCCAGUCAAUGGCUUGCAAAUUUGGCUACCGGAGACUCAACCAGAACCCAACCAUUUUCCCCAACCCAAUCUGGUUUUGCUGUAAUCAUUUUUGUUGUCCUCUCAUUCCUGUACUUGUAGCCCUCCAAUGUCCCAAUCCAAAGUUCCAGAGACAAAAA